AUGGGAAGUGUUUGUAAGAAACAAGACGCUGAAAAUGAACUCAAUAGUUUAAUUCCAAAAAAGAAAGGAGAUACAAUAACCAUAUCAUAAAAUCAUGGAGGAGGAUCACAAAUUAUCUAAAAAAAGAGAAUUACUGGAAACAAAGGAGAGUAUGAACCAGAUGCUGUUGUUGAGAAAUUAGAAGUGGAAGUAUCAAUUACUAUAUGAUGAAAGCUUAAACGUAAUGACAAAAAAAAGUUGGUUAAGGUUGAAGCUCGUUAGGAUCAAGAGGAAAUAGUAGAAAACAUUUAAAAAAGUAAUAAAAAGAAAUCACCUUUCGAUUACUAACUUAUUCUAAAUUCAUUCAAUACUAAUUCUCUAUUUUAAUCACUUUCUCAAUAGGAACAGUAAAAAUAUAUAAUAUUUCUUCAGGGAAGCUAUUUUAGAAUAAAUGUUCUAUUGUACUACACCUGAUGGUCAAUUCGUAUUUAGAUAAGGAGAUUUGAAGGCAAGUUCUUUUUUUCUGAUUGGUAUUGAUUGGUUUAUAUAAAAGAACGUGGUUAAUGUCAGAUCAUUAUAGAUGGAGAAGUAAAGAAAGUUUUAAAAUAAUCUGAUUCAUUUGGAGAGAGAGCACUAUUAUAUAAUGCACCUAGAUCUGCAUCUGUAAGAGCAGUAGGAGAUUGUGCAUUUUGGGCAAUUGAUAGAAAUUUGUUUAGAAAAAUGAUAGAAGAUAUGAGAAUGCAUGAAUUUGAAGAAAAUAGACAAUUUGUAGAAAAUUUAAAAUCUUUUGGUAAAGUAUCUAAUUCAUCCAAUAGAAUUUUUAACUUUUGAUUAAAGAACAGCUAUUUCAAGUGUAUUAUUUACAGUUCAAUUUAAAAAAGGAGAGAUUAUAGUAUAAUAAGGUGAAACAGCAACAUCAUUUUUUAUUAUUAAAAAGGGAUCUGUAUCAGUGAUUUAAAAUGAUAAUGAGAUUAGAAAGAUGAAAAAAGGUGAAUCAUUUGGAGAAAUGGCUUUAUUCUAAAAUUCUACAAGAGGUGCUACAGUAAAAGCAGCUGAUGAAGAUGUGAGAUGUCUUGUAAUUACUAGAGAUGAAUUAACUAAAAUUUUAGGUGAUAAAAUAUAAGUUAUUAUGUUUACUAAUAAAUAAAUAUGGGCAAUUUAAAAACAUUAAGUUUUAGGAUAAUUAACUGAACUUUAAAUUUAAAAGAUUGUAUAAAAUAUGAAUUAAUUCAAUUAUGAAUAAGGUGCUGUUAUAUUUGAAGAAAAAGUAUAAAAAUUAGUGAUUGUGUUAAGAGGAGAAAUAAUAUUUGUAAUAUCUACAUUUAUACUUAAGGCAGACUGGGUCAAAAAUGAAAGCCGCUAGUGAAGGUUAAGUUUUUGGUGAUGCUUACUUCAACAAGUAAUAACUUAGUGACCCAGUUAUUGCCAAAGAUAAAUGCAUACUUGCAGAAAUUGAUUUCAAAAGAUUUGAGGAAGUCAUUGGAGGUUCCUUAGAUUAAGUUAUUAAUAAAAAUUAAAAAAUUAGUGAAAAGUAAAUUAAUCAUUUAAUAUUUUAUUAGACAUAAAAAAUAAGAAAGUUAUAAACAUGAUUACUCUCAUCUUAAAUUAGAAGAAUUUGUUUCAUUAAAAAAAUUAGGAUAAGGAUAAUUUGGAAAUGUUUAUUUAGUCAAAAAUCCAAAAGAUAAUCCUCCUCAUUUUUAUGCUUUGAAAUGUAUAUCUAAAGCAUAAAUUGUUGAUUAACAUUUAGAAAAACAUUUAGCAUAAGAAAAAUAAGUAUUGACAUCUGUACAUCAUCCAUUCCUUAUGAAAUAUUAUUGUAGUUUUUAAGAUACUAAUCAUGUAUUCUUUCUAGUAGAAUUCAUUAAAGGAAUGGAACUAUUUGAUGUAAUUAGAGAUAUUGGUUUAUUGAGUGCUUUUGAUACUCAAUUUUAUAUUGGAUCACUCAUUUUAUGUAUUGAGUAUCUAAACAAACAAAAAAUUGUUUAUAGAGAUAUUAAACCUGAAAACAUUAUGGUUGAUGAAAAAGGAUAUGUUAGACUAAUUGAUAUGGGUACUGCUAAAUUUUUAAAUCACAAAAGUGGUAGAACUUAUACAAUAAUUGGAACUCCUCAUUAUAUGGCUCCAGAAAUCUUAUAAGGAAAGGGUUAUACUUUCCCUGUUGAUAUCUGGUCUAUUGGUAUUUGUAUGUAUGAGUUUAUGUGUGGAUAAGUUCCAUAUGCUGAAGAAGCUGAAGAUCCAUAUGAAAUCUAUGAAGAAAUCUAAAAAAAAUAAUUAUCUUAUCCCUAAUUUCUUAAAGACAGAAAAGCUAAGAAAUUUAUGGAAUAAUUACUAAAUAAAACCCCUGAAUUGAGAUUGGGAGGAUCUUAUGCCAGUUUGAAGGCAAAUUAAUGGUUUGAUUAAUUUGAUUGGGUAUUUUUAUAAUUAUAUUUCUCAAAAAGGAUAAACUCUAUGAUAAAGAAAUGAAACCUCCUUAUUUGCCACCACAAUAGAAAAUGCCAGCUACAGGUAAGGAUGUACAAGGUACUCCAAUAAUGAAAGAGUUAUAAAAUUUGAAUGCACAAGUCUAUAAAAAAGAGAAGGCUAAAGAUCCUAAUUGGGAUUAAGAAUAUUGAAGUAUUUCAUG